GAAACCAUAGUACCGCUCGAGCUCUCCGCCGCCGCUGCGCCACUCCUCGGGCUCUCUCCCUCCCGGAUCAGGAUGAAGUUUGUUGCUGCCUAUCUGCUUGCUGUCCUCGCUGGCAACCCCAGUCCCUCUGCGGAGGAUUUGACAUCUAUUCUAGAGUCAGUUGGUUGUGAAAUUGACAAUGAAAAGAUGGAACUCCUGUUGUCCCAACUGAGUGGAAAGGACAUCACUGAGCUCAUUGCUGCCGGCAGGGAGAAGUUUGCUUCCGUCCCUUGCUGUGGUGGUGCGGUGACUUCAGCAGCUGCUGCUCCUGCUGCUGGUGGUGGAGCUGCUCCUGCAGCUGAGGCGAAGAAAGAAGAGAAGGUGGAGGAGAAGGAAGAGAGUGACGACGACAUGGGCUUCAGCCUGUUCGACUGAGUACUGGGGUCAUCUCUCCAUCAUCAGUCAGUCUUUGGGAAGAGGAAACCAGAGUCAUGAUGUUUGGAUAACCUUGUUUUAGAAAUCUGGAAACACUGGAAGGACAUGCUGUUUUGAGGUGUAGUAAUUCAGCCGUAGGUUGUUAUGCUGGAAGAUUUACUGGUCAACCAAAGUUUUGCUAUCCUAUUAUGUUGAUUCUGCAUAUUCAUGCCAAUUACUCCGAAGCGUUGCCUCGUUCAUUCUUA